CAGCAUUACUCGUUUCUACGUGGCUCUCUAAAUGACACGUGUCAUAUCUUGGGUCUUUCCAGAAGCUCCAACUUCUGAAACCCUAGGCUAAACCCUCCCUCCCACCGUAUAUAUAGCAAACCCCUUCAAACCUCCCCCAAUCGCCUCCAUCAAGAGUUCAUAUCAGAUAAAGAGAGUGGGAGACAGAGAGCAAGUGAGAGAGGGAUGUCAAGCUCACCGGCUUCCAUGGCGGCAUACAGAAUGAUACGAUUCGGCAAGUCUUCAUUUCACCGCCUAUUUCACAGCCACCAUUGCAGCCCCACCGCCACCUCCGCCGCGAUACAGUUGAUUGACAAUGCUGCUGAACCUCGCACGACGCAUCGAUUUUCUGUUGAACUCCCCAAUCCAUUUACGGUUCAACUUCACGAACUCCGACCGUACCAAAACAAUUUGGUUCCUCCAAUCGAUGUACAGUAUCAUGCGGCAACUUUCCCUUCGGUCGAUCGAUCUCGUGUCGAGGUACGUGGCCGUCCGAUCAAGAUUGAUGAUGAUAUAAAAUAUGAGGAUCCUGAUAGCGACGAUGACGAUGACGAUAACGAUGAUGAUAUUGAUAUUGAGGGUUUGAGUGAUAUAGAAGAUUUUGAUGAUGACGCAGAAGUUGAUGAAACAGUUCGUCGUCGUCUCAGGAAAUGAAUGUAAUCUUUCCUUUGAUUGCUGUUCAUCUUCAGUUUAUGAGUUUUAUAUCCCUUUUUCCGAUGAGUGAGAAAUGUAGAAUGGAUGAACUGCAAGCCUUUGAUUUGCCUCUGUUUCUGUUUAAUCUAUAGAUCAAAUUGUAUUUUGCACUUGCAGAUUCGAUCUUUUACGUUGCACUUCUGAACGUAUUAAAAGCAUUGUAAUAUAUUUUUUUUCUUUUUUCGGCUAUUAAAGAAAGCG